AUGUUGGCACUUUGGGCUCUGGUGUCAGCAAUCUCGGCUCAAGUAUCAUUGAUCCCGGAUUCCGUUUCUGAAUCUUCCAAUACCAUGAGCUUGGCUCAUACCGGUUGGACGGCGGUUCUCUUCCUCGUUUUCAACAUAUGCAUCGCGGAGGAGGGCUGUCAGGAUGGAAAAUGUCCAGCCUCAGCCGCAUCGGCCGCGUCGGCGGCCUCGCUUUUGGCACUGAAGGCGGAGGUGCACUCGGCCCUCGCCGGCAACCUCUCCGAGUUCCCCAUCAACAUGAGCGUUAACAGCAGCAACGGGACGGUGAACGAGGAGCUGCUGACGAUCCUGGGGAUGAACGCAGAGCAGGACUUGAAGGCCAUGAGCAACGUCCCGAACCCUGAGAACACCAGCAACAGCACCGACGGCAGACAUGGACUUGGCGAGCUGGGCCGCAACUUGGAGUUUUUGAUGUUGAAGAUUGUGCAGCUGGAGACGGUGGUCGAGCUGCAACAGCACGAGAUCCAGGACCUUCGGGACAUUGUCAAGGAUCACCUGGACCUGGAUCACGACAACAACGCGGUCUCCAUGAAGCAGGUCGACCCCGCAGCCCGCCAGCAGAAAGCCGACGAGACCCUAAGGAGCGUGAUGCAGAAGCACAAUCAUCAACGGGAGCAUCGCGACUUCAAGCCCCAGGCACUGCGCCAGAAGGACAAGGAAGAGCAGCAGAAGGUGCACUCCAAACAUGACCAGCAAAGGAAGCAAAAGAAGCAAGAGCCGCAAGGGGCCUUGUUGGAAGAGGACACGUCGGAAGCUGUUCGUCGACUCAUUCCGAAUCCUUUGGACUGGGUCGAGGAUGCCGUGGACACUGUCACCGACACUGCCAACUCAGCUGCAAAGGCGGUAGCGAACACGGCCGAGGAUGUUGUCAACGGCGUCAGCGACGGUGCAAACCUGGUUGGGGACGCCUUGGGGGACGCCUACGAUUCUGCGAGCGAUCAGGUGGCCUUUGUGGCCAACACCGUCAUCGACACUGUGGAGAGGGCCGUGGACAUCCUCGUCAGGGGCUUCGACGACUGGAGUGCCGGCUGCCCAGACACCACCUGGCCAUCCCUGAGCGUGGAUAGCAACGGGAUGCACGUCAACUGGGGCCGCCAGAAGUGUUAUGUACAGCUCAUGGGUCAGAGGUGUGACCUCUUCGACUUCAACUUCAGCACCCUCAACGUGAAUUGGCCCGGACCGAUCAAGGCCAUGGUCAACCUCGGAAAUGACUUGGUUCAGUGCGCCACGUCGGGAAAUGCCCUGGAGGUUAUUAAAUGCCUUGGCCUGCAGCUUCUGCAGGUGGUCCCCCCACUGAGUUUCUUAACGAAGAUGGGUGACAUGCUCACGGAGUUCAUCGAUGUCUUUGCGCAGGUGGCGACUUUUGUUGUCAAGCAAGUCCUGUCUGAGAGUACGACCCUCAUCCAGCAAGCCGCAGAAUCCACGUUCCCUGCCGUUGAUGCCACUCCAGUGGUGCACCAUGCUGGAAGGAGCCUGACCAUCAAGACCCACUCGCAGCACCGAAAGCACUCGAGAUCCAAGCUUCCACGCCAGGAGGACAAAGGUGGCCAAGGUGGCCAGGGGAUGUCGGCAGUGCAGCAAGAUGCCCAGCGCGGAAAGCGCGCAAAGCGGGGCGAUGACGACUCCGACCCCCAGGGCGUCGUCGCUCUGAGCGUUUCGGAUCAGUCAGGCAACUAUGCAACGAGGCUCAUCACCCAGUGGAACGGCAAGGAGACAGAUACAAACUCCUGCCUGGCCUUUGCGCCCAAGAGCAAGACUGGAAGCAACGACCAGGCAACGAAGGGAGACUGGCAAGGUAGUAGUGCUGAUGCUUUUAUUCCCCUGGAACCCUUUGGCGUGCCCUGUGACAAUGACUGGAUGAAAGCCAACUGGGACAGGUGGCAAGGAUACUCCUUCUACACCUGGGAGAUGUCCAUCGAGAAGUGUGUGACCGUGACCUUCUCCCUGGGCAUGCAGCCUGUGAUCGCCUUCGUGGGUGGCUUGAAUUUCGAGCUCAUGCCUGCGCCCCUGGCCGAAUUGGACACCACGGUCUGUUGGCCUGACAAGCAGCCCGAUGGAGUGGACCUGAGUGUGCUGCAGUCCAAGAUCCGGUCUGGCGGCGUGAUGCUGUUCAGCCGGACCCUGCGCUUGCAGAAGCGCUUCGGAGCCAGUACGGACUUCGUGGGCAGCAACACCUUCGGGGCCCAUGAGUCCUGGCGGAACCCCCUCGGCACUGCCGUGGGCAGCCACAGCGGAGAGGACGACCGCACCGUGGAGACCAUGUCCCGGUCUCAGUCCCUCCUGGAGACGAACCGAUCCAGCGAAGAGAGCUCGAAGAGCCAGAGCUCGACCAUGGCGGAGCUGCGUUGGGAGACCGACCUCGAGGACCUCUACAUGGCGGCCAUCGACUACGGGAGGGACUUCGGCAUCAACAAGACCUCGGAGCUCCGGGGCCAGGACGUGCUGAAAAGGGUCAAAGAAAUGAAGGCCAGGAAGGCCAUGAGCGGUUUGCAGACAGAAGCUGAGGCCGGCUCGGCCGAGUCGAGCAUCCACCAGCUCUUCAGUUUCCGGAAUCCGGGGAUGGUGAACUUUGAAAUCCAAGGCCUCCUGGAGGAUAACUCCCUGGAGCUGGGGAUGAAGAUCAACUUUGGCCCCUUCGAGUCGCCGCAGAAGCGGAUCCAGCUGCUCAACAUCGCCCACCAGUUCUCCCUCGUCCUUGCGGCCAUGCCCUGGGUGUCAGCCAGCAGCAAGGCCAAGGCCAUCGCUUCCCUGACAGGCUUUGGGGACAACGAUGUGGGCCAAGUAACACCUGUGGUGCCUCCAAUAGCACCAGGCUCCAUCAUGGCCUUCUACAGCCCUUACCACAGCCGCUACUUGCGAAUGAAUGACAAUGCGGACAUCGAUCGCAGCGGCUCUUGCAGCUACGACGACCCGCUGCCCGCGAGCUGGACGUGGGAGAAGUUUGCCGUCGUGGAUGCCGGCAACGGUUUGAUUGCUUUGCACAGUCCAAAGUUCAACCGGUUUGUGAAGAUGACUGCUACCGGGGAUCUCAUUGCAGGUCCUUACAAAGCAGCCAGCCAGCUCCCCGAUGAGUGGACCGACCUUAAGUUCAGGGUGGUGGAAGCUGGGAAGGGCGAGGUGGCCCUGCAUUCGCCGCUACGAAACAGGAUCAUCCGCAUGAACGACGUUGGGGUGGAUACAUUUGAAUGGAAUGUGACUGCCUUGCCAGACACCAUGACGUGGCCGCGCUUUCAUCUGAAGCGCAGCUUUUGGCUCUUGCAGCCAGGGACGGUGGUGGGUUUGUUCAGCACUGUGUUUGACACAUACGUGCUGAUGGAUCCCGAUGGAAACAUCAACCCCAGUCAACCCAGCAGCUUCUGGCAUACCUUCAACCUCGACUCUUUCCGCGGGGGCUUCACAGUAGUGGAUGCAGGAAACGGCGAGGUGGCCCUGCACCACACCCUCGCCAACCGCUUUGUGACGAUGACUGGCGACUUGAUUGGCAGCCCCGAGAAGGCCGCCCACGAGCUGCCGCCCCCGAAGGAGUGGCCAGAAGUGCGCUUUGCCGUGGUCGACGCUGGUGAGGGCCAGGUGGCCUUGUACAACCCGCACCACGACCGCUACGUGGUGAUGAGCCAUACGGACGUUACUGUGAGCCCCCCCAGUGCACCCCAGGACUUCGAUAAUUGGAUGACCUGGCGGAGGUUCAAAGUCAAGCUGCUUGCGGACGUGGCGCCCAACGACCUGGCCUGGUCGUACUCCUAG